CUACUACUAUUACUACUAUUACUACUACUACCACUACUACUACUACUACAGUCUGUACUACUGCAGUACUGCAAGUACUGUACGAAAUACGAGCACACUACGAAUGCCCUGUCCCGUCCGUCAUGAUAAAAUAAAAUAAAACGGAAAAACGAACGGCCCUCGGACAGUGUGUAGUGUAUUUUGUUAUUAUCUUUUUCCGUCUCUUAACCGAUAUUCUACGGGUGAUUGAACCAUUGAAGUGGAGCAAGUUCGUACAAGUACACAUUGCAUCUAAUAUUAUUACAAUUAUUAAUAACAACGACGACGACGACUUUUAACUUCCGAGUUGUUCCACCGCUGUCAACAGUUCCCGCGCGAUGACGAGUACGUGUUGUUGAAAUAGCGUACGAUUUUCGUAGUACGGUUCCCGUGCCGCCGAGCAGCUGUCGUCCGAACACACACUAACUUGAAUAUGGGUCGCAAAAAGAAGAAGCAGUCCAAGCCAUGGUGCUGGUAUUGCAACCGUGAAUUUGAUGAUGAAAAAAUUUUAAUUCAGCAUCAAAAAGCAAAACAUUUUAAAUGCCACAUAUGUCAUAAAAAACUAUACACUGGUCCUGGUUUAUCAAUUCAUUGUAUGCAGGUUCACAAAGAAACAAUAGACAAAGUGCCCAAUGCACUUUCACAUCGUUCUAAUAUUGAAAUAGAAAUUUAUGGAAUGGAAGGAAUUCCUGAGGAUGAUAUGAAAGAACACGAGCGACAAAAGUCUGGUGGCAAAGGUACACGAUCGGAUAGUGAUGAUGACGCUGGGCCACCUGUAAAGAAGAAACCUGAGUAUUCAAAUCCAGCUGGUCCUUCCAUGAUGCCACCUUAUAAUCCUAUGAUGAAUCAUAUGCAAGCUAUGGGCCCUCCUUAUAUGGGACCGGGAAUGCCAAUGAUGGGUCCUUCUGUUUCUGUUGGUCCUAUGCCACCUGGUCAACCUGUGGGAAUGGCAAAUAAGCCAUUAUUCCCUAGUGCUGCAGCAAUUGCUAGUAACUCUGAUGUUCGUUCAAAUAGCACAAUGCUAUCUGGUGGUCCAGUUGGUGGCCUCAAUAAGUCAGCAUUUCCAGCUUACUCUGGGAAUGAUAAUGAUUCGAAAUCAAAAUCACUUAUUAGUUCUACUGGAACAUCUAGUAAAAUAAUUCAUCCAUCAGAAGAUAUUUCUUUAGAAGAACAUAAAGCUCGUUUUCCUAAGUAUGCUAUUCAUAUGGACAUUCAAAAUCCAUUACCAACAAACAUCCCUGAGCAACAUCAGCUCGGUGCACCACUCAUGUCACCUCAUGGUCAAGUGUCUCCUGUAACUCAACAAUUUCAACAACAACAACAUCAACAGCAGCAGCAGCAAUUGCAACAGCAACUUCAUCAGCAACAACAACAACAGCAGCAGCAGCAGCAACAACAACAACAGCAUCAGCAUCAGCAGCAGCAGCAGCAGCAGCAACAACAACAACAACAACAGCAGCAGCAGCACCACCAUCACCAACAUCAACAACACCAACAAGCGAUUCAAAAUGAGAUGGAACGACAAGUAGCUGCUAUGGCAGCAGUUAUGCAACAACAACAACAACAACAGCAGCAGCAGCAGCAACAACAGCGAUUUGCUGCACCAGUUAUAUCAAUGCCUAAUAUGAUGCCCCAGCCUCCUACUGUUUUUAUGGCACAGCAAAUGCCUACUCUUUUACGGCCUUCUUUAGGUGGUUUACCACCUCAUGCUAUGAGCAUGCUAAGGCCUCAAAUGCCUAUUCAUCCAGGUUUAAUGGUUAACCCACCGAUGGUCAAUCCUUAUGCUCCCGGUGGACCAAUGGGCUUCCCAGGCGCUCAAAUGUUAGCUCCGAUGAUGCACCCUCGCUUCAGAUGAUCAG